CUAAUCUGACUCUCAGAUUAAAUCUGACUAAACUAAGAAAGAUUUGGGUGCAAGUAGAACAUACAAUGAGUUCAGACAUUGCAGAGUUUGCUGUUUUACCAAAUGGAACGAAGUAUCCUGUUAUUGGGUUAGGAACCCAUAAUGUAACGGGUGGACCUGGUUCAGUCAGGAAAGCAGUGAAGUAUGCCAUAGAUAUCGGGUACAGGAGUGUUGAUUGUGCCUAUGCAUAUGAAAACGAAAAGGAAGUAGGAGAUGGUAUACAGGCCAAGUUAGAUGACGGUACAAUUAAAGAUAAAAAAGAAAUGUUUAUCACGACUAAGCUAUGGAACACACAUCAUAAUCCACGGCAUAUAAAGGAAAAUUUCCAGAAAUCGUUGGAUAAUCUUAAAGUGAACUGUGUCCAGCUGCUGGUCAUUCACUGGCCUAUUUCACUUAAGGACGGAGAUGAUUUGUUUCCCAAAGAUAAAAAUGACCAGAUAAUGUUUGCGAAUCACGACAUAAUAGAUACAUGGAAGGGUAUGGAAGAAUUAGUUGAUGCUGGCAUGGCAGAGAAUAUAGGGUUGUCUAACUUUAACAAGUCACAGGUAGAACGUAUACUACAAAGUGCCAGGAUAAAACCAUGUAAUCUGCAGGUGGAAAUACAUCCUUAUUUCUCAAAUAGGAAGCUUGCGAAUUUCUGCUUGUCAAAAGGCAUUACAGUGACGGCUUAUGCACCUCUAGCAAACCCGGACAGUCCUUUGUGGUUACCAAUUAAUCAAUUAUCAAAACCCCGUUUAAAAUUAAAAGAUUGCAGAAGCUUAACAUUUAUAAGUUUAUAUUAUAAUAGGCGAAAGGGGAAAGAACCAAGUAUAUUUGACGAACCUGUACUUAAGGAUAUUGCUCAAAAGAAAGGCAAAACCAUACCACAGGUAGUUUUGAGAUUUAUAUUGCAGCGCAAUAUCAUUGUAAUUCCAAAAUCUGUAACGCCUUCUAGAAUCAAGGAGAAUUUUGAUGUGUUCAGUUUUUCCUUGUCACCAGACGAGAUGGAACAAAUAUGGGCAUUAGAUAAAUAUCCCCGAAUAUGGAUAGAGAAGUGGGCAAGUGAACACAAAGAGUAUCCAUUCCAUGAAGAUUUCUAAAGAACCGUUUUCUUUAUAAAGAACACUUUUACAGUGUUCCAGCUAGGAUUUCAAAAGGGCAGGGUGCCAAUCCUGAAAAAGGGCAUUUAACGCGUGAUAUGAUAAUAUGAAAAGGGCAUGUUUUAAUAAAGAUUAUAAUCAAACA